AUGAGUCCAGUCUCGUAUUCAGUCCACGCAGCAGAGCGCGCUGUCACCACGCCGUCGCCCGUAUCAACAGCGAACAUCUAUAUUGGUGCAACUGAGUCACCUUCACCUUCCUCAGUCCUCAAAAUGGAUCCUUCGGUACCACCUGCGAUGGUAUCGCCCGCCGUCGUGUCAGAAGCCCCUUCAGGUCCGAUAAAGCACGGCAUAACAUUCGGGACAAAGAUAGGCCUAGGCAUGAUACCAGUCAUCAUCUUUCUAUGCGCUACGUGGAUGUUCUUCCUCCUCUGGUCGCGAAAACGACGAGUACGCAAGGCCAUCAGACCCAUGGGCCCGCCACCUGUCCCACAAAAAGACCACUAUAUGUCUGGCGGCUCUAUCGAUAGCAGUCGUAGGGGUAGCAAAGUGUUCAACAUGGCGGCCUUCAGCACACCAGUCCACAAUGGCCGAUUUCGCGAAGCCCCAAUUGUCGGCGAGAGUAGAUUUUACGACCAGCCAGGUGUUAAUACUCAGCAUGACAAGCACCAAGUCGGCACGACUAUCGCAAUGCCGGAGGCGGACAUGGACUCGCCUGUCGAUGGAAAAAGUCCGUUUCGAUUGAAGCGUGGUGAUACCGUACACACCAUGCGAAGAGGUAGCCUUGGGACCGAGAUUUCAAGCCUCUGGCCCUCGCCGCCUCCCUCAGCUUGGGUGAAGAAGCAACCAUCCCAGGGAGCUUCGUUCUCCACGCCACAGGGAGAUAGUGCCAACCGCGGUAACGAGAGAAUAUAA